CACGGUAUCGUUAGCAUGCCAAUAAUGCAUUAAAUGAGUCCCGCGCCAGUCAUGAUAUACACAUCAGAGGAGAUCAGCUCAAAACCGUUAGUAACAAAACCUAAAGCAGCUGCAUAUGUAUACGCUCACUUCUGUACAAGUACGCAUCAAGCAAUGCAACCAUGCAUGCCCCCCUCCCCUCCCUCAUCCCAACCCAGCUAGCUACACACCCUCCCUGCCUCCCUGCCUCCCGCUCUUCCUAGGCCUCCUUUGUCGCCUUGCUGCUCUUGUAUGCGGUUCGGCUGAAGUCCUGGAACAGGAUAUACAUGGUCAUCUGGUACAAGGUCUCGAGCAGCAUCAGCCGGGGCGGACACGAUGGGACGGGCGGGGUGAAAGGUAUCACAUCAAAGGCAAACAGCAUCCCCAACAGGGAGUGCCCAGACAGGAGAACAAACUGCAUGCCCAUGAUGGAGCACAACACAACACACCACAACACAACACAACACCCGUUCUUUGGCACGCACAAGUCUUGGCUGCCUGCCCCCCCACACUCCAUCAAUGGACUUCUUGUGAGUGUGUACCUACCUGUGCCAUCUGGACUGUAGUGAGGCACGACUUGAGGUAUCGUGGGAUGCGCACCCCCAUGCCCCUCAGCAGGUAGUAGAAGUACAUGAGUACGUGAACAAAGCAACUGCACGGACGUCACGUACACACCCAUACUGACAUUGUCUUCCUUCCUUCGCACUAUCUGUCGGUCUGUCGGUCUGUCUGACUUGGCGAUUUGUCCGAUAAUGAUGUCGUCGGCGAAUCCGGCGUUGAGCAUGACCCAGCAGAAGAGCAGCAUGGAGGCAUGGUGGUAGACGUGCAGGAAGCUCAGCUGCUGCCACUUCUGACGAGCGAUGAUAAACAAAGUAUCGGCCAGAUCAGCCACCUUCAACCUGCACAACGACCCGACCAUGGGGGGCCCUCUUUCGCUUCACUGGUGGUCUUUGGCCCUACCAGUAGAAUGCGUGCCAGGCGACGGCACAAGCUGAAAGGCGGGGGACAAGCCAACAAACAGACGUAUUUAAAGCGCCUCAAUUGGCGUUGAUUGGUUUAUUUCGGGUUGCCAUCGCCUACCUGAUUCUUUAGCGGCGAGGUCGAAAGACCCCCGCUCACACCAGAUAAUGAGGGGGCAAUGCGGCAGGCUCUUCAGAAGAGAUGACACACCCAGCAUGCCGACAUAUCCGCUCAACACUAUCUGCAGCGCAAACACAGUCGCACUGAGUGGGUGAAUGCUGCAUCAGGUGAGGGUGUGCCUGUCGCUUCUUUCCCACCUGGACAACGUCAUAGAUGGACUGCAGGAGCAGAACGGGCUCCCUGCGGAAGCGGUCAAGGGGGACGUCCCUGGAGCACUUGGUUGGCUCUGCCCCAUCAGGUGGAUCCCCGGCCCUCCCUGUGGCCCCAUUGCUGACGCUGCUGCUGCGAGUUGUCGGCGACUCAUCUCCAUUCUGCGGUUCGCCGCGGCUGGGCAGGGACAACUGGCCCACACCACCACAGGCGGAUGCUACAGCUGCCGCCUUCACCUGCGCGUGGCUGCCCUCCUCGUGCUCGGUGCAAGCGCCGGUAUCCGGCUGAAUGUGUUGACACCUCUUCCUUCGUAAGGCCAGAGGGGCAAGGAUGGAGAUCACCAGGUAAACAGACACGAUAACAGCCACCUCCGCGAAGCUGGAGAGACCUGUGAAGAACAUCAUCAUCAUAUCAUCAGUCAUCUUGAGACACCCUCAUCAAAAGCUUACUCCAUGAUGCGGUCAAGCGAUUUUGUCUGGUCAAGAAAUCAGGAUUGAGGUAGCUAAGUAAGAGCCCUUCCAUAUCUCAAACGAAGCGGAAUCACCUCUGGCCCAUGUCCAUGUUCCGGAGAGGACUUG